UUCAACUGCCACUCCUACUUGGUUUAUUACUCAUUAACUUCUUUCUCCAACUCAUAUGUCAGUUAUUUUCUAUUUUUUCUUGCUUUUGUACUAGAAAUAAAGGAAAUUAAACGGAUAGAACUUUUUUUUGUUUUGUGUGAGGAUAUUAUACGUACUCUUUUAAGUCCAAGAAAAUUGAGGAUUCUUGCAUUGGCUUGUGACUCUAAGUUGUGAUAUGGAAACUUUAUUUCCUACUGCUUUUAUCCCAAAUUCAAAUUGGAUACUGCAACAUAGCAAAAGUACAGAAUGGACUAAGGAAGAGAACAAGAAGUUUGAAAGUGCACUUGCAAUAUACGACGAAAAAACUCCGAAUAGAUGGUCUAUGGUAGCAGCUAUGAUCCCUGGGAAAUCAGCACUUGAUGUGAUGAUGCAGUACAAAGAAUUAGUUGCAGAUGUUAGUGAUAUAGAAGCUGGAUUGGUCCCAACUCCGAGGAAUUUCGAUUCUGCUUUUACGUUAGAAUUCGUCGAUCAUCGCGAGAUUCAUACGUUUAGAAAGAGAGGCAAGUCUUGUGAUCAAGAAAGAAAGAAAGGUGUACCAUGGACAGAGGAAGAGCACAGGCGAUUUCUUAUGGGGCUCGAGAAGUAUGGCAAAGGUGACUGGAGAAACAUUUCUAGGAAUUUUGUGAUCUCUAAAACUCCAACACAAGUGGCUAGUCAUGCUCAGAAAUACUACCUAAGGCAACUUUCAGGAGGGAAAGACAAGAAGCGAGCUAGCAUCCACGACAUCACCACCGUCCAUCUCACAGACGACGAGUUGCUCAACAAUAACAACAACAACAACAACAACAAAAAAUCAAUGUGUGAAGAGAAGUAUAGUAUGUCCCCAUUGCAGAAAUUAACGAGCACAGGAGAUGUAGUAAUCGCCUGAUGGAACGAUUCAAAUGAUGAAGCCCUCGCGGCUUUUGGUUCAUUUUAUGGCAGCUUGGUUCUAUAGAACCAGAACAAUAGACUGAUUGAUUGUGGUUUGGUCAGAACCGUCGAUUGAUUGUCUGUUGGAGGAUGUUGAACUAACAUUGGUAGUUGUAUUUUGCAGCUCCAUUGUUGAUCAAGUGAGGUUGAAAAGAAAAUGUCAAUAUUGGAUUUUGUUUGGAAUCUUGAAGUAACGUAAAGCAAGUUUUAGUGUGGUAUAUGCCUAGUUUCUUUGUUGUGAUUUCAGACUUUACACAUGUAAAUAUUCAAUCAUUUUGCCUGAAUAAUGUAUCUCUUCUUUCAUCUGAUCA